AUGAUCAGAAUAUUCUUAACCUUGGCGAUUUUGUGUGGCCUUUACAAUGUCAAUGAAGCCUACGGGAAAGCUACUUUAGAUAUAGAUAUGAAACUGAAGGCCCUUAAUAAACCUGCGGUCAAAACUAUCAAGAGUGAAGAUGGGGACAUUAUAGACUGUGUAGAUAUCUAUAAACAACAUGCUUUUGAUCAUCCCGCCUUAAGAAACCACAAGAUUCAG